CAAGUGAAUCGUUCUUUCUCCUUUGCUUACAAACCCGCCGUGGGAGCUUGAGUUUGCGGUCUCCGAUACCGACAACCGUUGGGUGAGUGUGGUGAUGGAUAUUGGUCAUAUACUCUCAUAUAACAGCAGGGAGUGCUUCUGGAGCAGAACCUGCAGAACACACAAUUGGAAGUAAGAAAGCUCUUGAGGGAUAUUCAUGGCUUCUUUGCAGUAUCCUUCCUUUCUCUCAGCCCGUCCCUUCUUCAAAUUCAACAACCUUAAAGCCAUCAAAUUAGUGGCGUGCAAAGCCACAAAGGAUGAUGAUGACUUCAAGCCGAAAAAUCCUAAAACCCAUCACCACCAGGCAGUCCCGGACCUUUGCAGAAGAAACCUCCUCAUAGGUUUAGGAGGCCUUUGCGGUUCUCUUCACCGGAAUGACCCAUUCGCCUUCGCCAAGCCGAUCUUGCCGCCGGACCUCAUAGAGUGUGUGCCGCCGGAGUUCCUCAGCAGUGCUACGCGGACCAACUAUUGCCUCCCACCCUCUCCAUACAUAAAAGACUUCGAAUUUCCAUCAGUUUAUAAGCUUAAGAUCCGACCAGCUGCUCAUUUGGUUGAUGAAGGCUAUAGAGAGAAAUACGAAGAAGCUGUUCGUCGCAUGAAAGCUCUCCCGCCAGAUGAUCCCCGUAACUUCAUUCAACAAGCAAAUGUUCACUGUGCUUAUUGUGAUGGUGCUUUUCGCCAAGUAGGGUUUCCUGAUCUGGAUAUUCAAAUCCACGGUUCAUGGCUCUUCUUUCCCUUCCAUCGUUGGUUCCUCUAUUUCCACGAGAGAAUAUUGUCCAGCUUGAUCAAUGACCCUAAUUUUGCUCUCCCGUUUUGGAACUGGGAUGCGCCAGCAGGCAUGAUGAUUCCGGAGAUAUAUACGGGUCCUCACUCUUCACUUUACGACUCUUUCAGAAGCACCAAUCAUCAACCGCCAGCGCCUGUGGAUUUUCUUUUCAAUGGCUGUGAACGCCAGAGAAGUUGGGAUGAUCAAGUGGAUGUAAAUCUCAAAACAAUGUACAAGCAAAUGGUGAGCAGUUCAAAGCUUCCUUCUCUAUUCUUUGGAACGGCUUACGGCGCCGGAGAUAGCGACCCCGACGGGGGCGGAACCUUCGAGCUCGUUCCUCACAACACGAUGCACGACUGGACCGGCGAUAACCGCCAGCCGCACGGUGAGGAUAUGGGAAUCUUCAAUACCGCCGCAAGAGACCCCAUCUUCUAUUCCCAUCAUGCCAACGUGGAUCGAAUGUGGGAGAUCUGGAAGACUUUGCCGGGUGGAAAGAGACGGGACAUCACAGACCCAGACUGGUUGGAAUCUGGGUUCUUAUUCUACGACGAGAACAAGGACCUCGUACGCGUGAAAAUCAAGGAUUGCCUCGAUACCAGAAAGCUAGGCUACAUGUACCAAGAUGUUGAAAUCCCAUGGAAAGAAGCCAAGCCCUCACCUUUCAAAAGCAAGUUUAUGAAAAAGUUAGGGAACAAAUUCGAUGGGGCUAAGGUACAGUUCCCUCUGGUUUUACCCUUAUCCCUGAGUACUGUAGUGGAAAGAGAGGAGAAGAAGAAGAAGGAAAUGACGGAGGAGGUGUUAGUGCUUGAAGGUAUUGAGUUUUCUUCGAGGGAUUCCCCAGUGAAGUUUGAUGUGUAUGUGCACCGGGAAGGUGAAUUCAGCGGGCCCGGUGGGCCCACGACAACCGAGUUGGCGGGAAGUUUUGUGAGCGUGCCACGUCAUCACAAGAAGCUGACGAUGAAGACUAAUAUGAGAUUUGGGAUUACAGAGUUGCUGCGGGAUUUGGGUGCUGAUGACGACAGGAGCGUGGUCGUCACUCUCGUGCCUCAGACUGGGGAUGGACGCGUUACCAUUGAACGUAUCAGAAUUGAGCAUCUGAGUGAAUGAAUUGAAUAAAUCUCGGCGAUACUUUAUUAUUUAUCAUGUCUCAUUAUUAAUUAAGGGUGUGUACUAGUAAUAUAAUGUUCGGUCUAUAAUUUUCUAUGACUAUCCUUGCACAGAGGAGGUAAUAAUUCUAGUUAUGUGGUGGAGUUAUUGUGUUAAUAUAUAAUGCUAUGAUCGUCAAUGUCCUGAUUAUGUACCAGCCAGAGAUAA